AGCCAAUCAGAAUUGGAACAGGCGUUUGGCUGCGGCGAUUCAAACUGGGAGGCGGUUCUGAACGGCUGUGCGAAGCCGUUUCUGCUGGAGUGGCCGCCGUUAGCGGCUGAGGUGCUGCGCGACGGUCCCGGGAGGAUAGAGGGCAUUUCCUCCCACGCGGACACCGGUAGGUAAUAAGAGUUCCUUGGCACAAAGAUGGAGACACCAAUGCUGAAUUUACGGAAUCUCUUUGACCAACUCAUACGCCAAGCAGAAAUCCUAAACGAAGGCAAUGAAUUACAGUUUAUCCAGCUGGCCAAGAACUUUGAAGACUUCAGGAGAAAGUGGCAGAAAAUGGAUCAUGAGGUGGCUAGGUAUAAGGAUCUACUGAUGAAAACAGAAACUGAACGUAGUGCCCUGGAUGUGAAGCUGAAACAUGCCCGAAAUCAAGUGGAUGUGGAGAUCAAGCGGAGACAGCGAGCUGAAGCAGACUGUGAAAAGCUGGAGCGACAGAUCCAGCUGAUCAGAGAGCUGCUCAUGUGUGAUUCAUCAGGCAGUAUUCGACUGAGUGAAGAACAGAAAUCGGCACUGGCCUUCCUAAACAGGCCUCAAACUUCCAUUGGUGGGAGCAAAAGACUGUCAACAAUAGAUGAAUCGGGUUCCAUUUUAUCCGACAUCAGUUUUGACAAGACUGACGAAUCGCUGGAGUGGGAUUCCACAUUAGUAAAGACUGUCAAACUGAAGAAAAGAGAGAAAAGGCGCUCAUCCAGGCAGUUUAUAGAAGGCCCACCAGGUCCUUUAAAGAAAACUCGUUCAAUUGGCUCUACAGUGGACCAAGGAAAUGAAUCAAUAGUUGCAAAAACAACUCUCACAGUACCUAAUAAUGGAGGUCCAAUUGAAGCAAUCUCCACUAUUGAAACUAUACCUUGCUAUGUUGUAAGCCACAGGAAGGCAGCCAUUCUACAGCCUUGGAACAGUGACUCAAGCCUGGGAAGCAGGAAGUUGGAAAAUAAAUCUGAAACAGAUGGAUCUAGCACUCCUGGGAGCACUGGGAUGAGGCUACAUGAAUUUGUAUCAAAAACGGUUAUUAAACCCGAGUCAUGUGUUCCAUGUGGCAAGCGGAUAAAGUUUGGGAAAGUGUCCCUGAAGUGCAGAGACUGUCGAGUCGUGACACACCCAGAAUGUCGAGACCGCUGCCCCUUGCCCUGCAUCCCUACCUUGGCAGGAACCCCUGUCAGAAUUGGAGAGGGAACUCUUAUGGAUUUUGUUUCUCUGACUCCUCCAAUGAUCCCGGCCAUUAUAGUUCACUGUGUGAAUGAGAUUGAGCAGCGAGGACUGCAUGAGACAGGCCUCUACCGAAUUUCUGGCUGUGAUCGCAAGGUGAAAGACUUGAAGGAGAAGUUCCUUCGAGGGAAAACUGUGCCCCUGCUUAGCAAGGUGGAAGAUAUCCAUGUUAUAUGUGGCCUCCUUAAAGAUUUCCUCCGCAACCUUAAGGAGCCCCUCCUCACCUUCCGUCUCAACAGGAUUUUUAUGGAGGCAGCAGAAAUAAUGGAUGAGGACAAUAGUGUGGCAGCCAUGUAUCAAACAGUUGGGGAGUUACCCCAGGCUAACCGGGACACUCUGGCAUUCCUCAUGAUACAUCUUCAGAGAGUGUCUCAAAGUCCAGAUACAAAAAUGGGUAUUUCCAACUUGGCUAAGGUCUUUGGGCCUACAAUUGUUGGUCAUGCUGUGCCAGAUCCUGAUCCCAUGACACUACUCCAAGACACAAAAAGGCAACCCAAGGUUGUGGAGCGACUGAUUUGCUUGCCUGUGGAAUACUGGAGUCAGUUCAUGAUGGUGGAACAGGAAAAUAUUGAGCCAGCACAUAUAAUUGAAAACUCAAAUGCCUACUCCACACCCUGCACACCAGAUGUUAAAGUGAGCAUGUUGGGACCACUCACCACUCCAGAGCAGCAACUGGUAAAGACUCCUUCAAGCAGUUCGCUGUCCCAAAGGGUCAGGUCUACAUUCAGCAAAAACACACCCAAAUUUGCAAGCAAAAGCAAGUCUGCAACCAGUAUUGGACGCCAGGGUAAUUUUUUUGCCUCUCCCAUGCUGAAAUGAAAUACGGUUCUGUUCUAAAUAUCAUCUUACAGUCCGAUUAUGAACAGUUACAAUAAAACUCCAAGUUGUUCCUUCACUAUUCCCAGCAACAUUGUGUAUUAAGAUCAACUGUAUGUUUUUUGUUAGUCUUUAUUGUACAAUGUAAAGUAUAUUGCCAUAUUACAUUUAUUGCUGGGGAAAUAACUGCAGAACCCACGGCAAGAAUAUUCUUUUAAUGUUAUCUGUAGCUGGGAAGCUGCCUCCAUCUGUUCAAAGCACCCCAUUAUUGUUGUGUAUUGUGACUGGAAAGGAUACAUUUUUGCACCAGCAGUAAUCCUCUUCAUUUCCAAGAACAACUGUAAUCCUUGGGGAAUGAGCGCUGAUCCAUUGUAUAGGCAAACCAUGUGUAUUGAACCAAACUUGUACUCUCGUUAGUCCGUUUUUAGUAAAACCAAUGACUUUUUUUUAAGUGAGCACACUCAGAACUUGGUCAUGUGAAAAAUUGAAAUUCAGUGUUCUAUAGUGCAUGCACACACUACUGCACAUUUCUCCCUUGUGUCCCAGAGGAGGGUACAGAGUAAAUAAUAUUAUAUUGAACUUAACUGUACAGCUGUUUUUGCUUGCAGCCUUUCAAAAACCUGGUAUGGAUUAUUUUAAUUGCCUAGAUUGAUGGUAAAAGCAUGUGUUAAGUGGAGGUUUUCUUAAUGCUAUAGCCAUAGCAAUUUGAUUUUUACCCUUGUAUUUAUCUCCUGUAAAAUCUUUUCACCAAUAUGGAUUUUUAUAAGGGCAUUCAGUGGACAGAAGCUGAAUGUGGUAUUUGUUUCUGAGAUGCAAUGGAAAAAAUCCUCCAAUUUGGUUCUUCCCAAAUUUUGAUUUUGCCAGCUUGUCUUAUUUUGUGGUAUAGCCUGACAGAAAAGUAAAUUUUAUCUUAAUAUGA